AUGUCGCUCAGAGGUAGAGAAUUGGCAUUGCGAGCUCAUAUUCACGACCUGCUGCACGAUUAUGCACUUACACACCUGACCACCGACUAUGUCGCGUUCACUAAUAGAACCGUACACGAAAUUUUGUCCCAGAGUUUACAUACUAUACCAACACAGGAUCCAACAUCUCUCACCCUUGAACCAGCCCUGCCGGAAUUAAUCGCUUCAACCUUCAAACUACCCGGAGUGACAGAGUACCAGGAGAGGUUGGAUGUCAACCCAGAAGCCAAGUCGUAUCUUAAGGACUUCCUCCAGUCCUCGGCUAGUUCGAAGUGUAAAUGCAAUAAGUCUGAGAACUGCUGGCUUGAAGGCGAGAGUGAUAUUCACUAUAUUCGUCCAUUGUCCCCUGUCUUGACGUUACGAGCCGUCCACCAAACUCCUCAAUUCGGGAAGACGACAGCUCGUAGCCGUGUCCCUGGACCAUUGAACUCCUUACUCGCGGACCGUGGAGUAGCAAAAGCCGAUGUUUCUAUUAUUGAUACAGAACUAUCAAAAACCGACGAAGUCCAAGAAGACAUUCGCGAAACGGUAUCCGGCCGCAAGCUAGUCAUUGAUCCCGAUACGCUUGCAUCUGUACGAGAUCUAGUUCAGCAGACGCUUCCCCAGGGAAACGCAUUCAAGCAUAACAACGAUGAUAACGUUCACGUUGCGGCCUUCCUGUGCAGGAAAGACACAAAUUCGCCCACCUAUGAUCCCCCGCGAUAUGCGUCGCCGCCUCUAUUCGCCAGAGAUCGAAAUCCUGGUGGUGCUCGUCUUCCAACAGCAAGUAGGUAUGGCGGACUAGGCGGGCUCAAAGACCUUGGUCCGCUGGUGCAGACCGCAAAGAACCCCAAUGAAGAAGAGUCAACCGACCUUUACAAGGAACACAUGGUGGUAGUCGACGGUUGGAAAGCAUACGAGACACCAUCUUCACCAAGCUUCUCCUCGUAUUCGUCAUCCGGCGAAGAGGUGGACGAGCUUGAGGUGGACAGAUACCUGCCCUGGUCGUCCCCGAGUACAAACGAAAAGCUCGCAAAAGAGUAUAUCGAUAGAAUGGAUGAAUACGAGCUUCCUCGGUCCAAGAGAUUUAGAUGUUCGCAGGGAAAACCAAGGCUUAUCGGGGAGAACGAAAGUCUUCACUCGUUCCUAUCAUUUAUUCAACCAAUACCGAAAACCCCAACAAAGCAACGCGCGAAAAUUGUUGUCGGUGGUGGUUCCAUGGAUGGUCAGACCAACCCUAUAACGCCGAAGUCCGAACCGUCUUCGCCGCACACGACUAUCACUGCCUCGCUCCUCGGUCAGCCACCUACCAUCAUGGAUUCCGAAGUGGGCACAAUGAGUCCGGGUAGUCCGGAGCUGAGCAGUGGCAGCGACGACAUUGGAAUCACAAGAGUUUUGAAAAAGAUGUACAAACACGAGAGUGGGACGGACGGAGGCUUUGUGGUCGACCCGAAGGACUUCAUACUAAAGGAGAGAUUGGAUGACAAGGAAACCCUCCUGAUGGACGUGCCCGACUUGCCGCCACCUAACGAACAUCCGCCAAACGAUGCAUAUAUGCCAGCCUCCCUCGGCGCUCUAUUAGCGCCGAAGGACAUCAAGAAGGACAAAGAUAUAGCGGACUCGACAAGACUAGGACCCGUCAUAUCUCGACAAGAUUCUACCCAAAGCGGCUUCUUGAAAGAGAUCAAGGGCUCCAAGGCCUUGAACCUCGAGUUGAGCUGGCGGCCAUUCAACUUCGGGACAAGUGUUCCUACGCAUGAAGAGGUGUCUCGGCUUAUUGAGAACGUCCAGGUUGAAUGUUUGGAAGACCUUAAGGGCGAGUCAGAGUGCGCUCAAGAAGGUUCUACGGUCGAGGAUGCUCUGGCUGAACUCCUACGUGACUUCACUGUUGUCUCAGACAACAUCCAUACCGGCAUUUCUGGCAAUCCUUUCGAGACGGCUUCAGCUCGGUGCUGGUUCCUCGAUCAGUUAACCCCGAGUAUCUCUAUUGAGGGCGAUGGCUCUGAGGAAUUUGUCUUGACGACUUCAGAGCGGCAACGCCUUUCUGGUCUGCCGGACCCGACCCCCUCUGGCAGCAAUGAUGAGGACAUCAGCGACGGGAGCUCCACUAACGACGAUCGGCCAGUCAAGCGACUUAGGUUCUCCUCACCGGCUGUUAUCAUGCCAUGUGCUCCUUGGCGGUCUUUUGAACAAGACUCUGGCUAUCCCACAGCUGGUCUUCCCGUGAAUUCUGCGGCAGACGGGGACUACUUGGACUGUGUCGAGGACUCAGGCGUUUUCAUCCCCGACUCGCCCGAAUCUAGGUCACGAGCGAAUAGGUUCGGCCAACUCUCAGACGACGCACACGGAUUCGAGGGACCUGCCGAUGACGGCGAGGUCAUUCCUGACGUGGAGCCCGUACUCUUGGGUCACUGGGAGGCGGGCUGUCCCGCAGCUUCAGUCUGGACACGACCUCCGCCUCAUGGUCCUGAGAAUGACACUACUAUCUGCGCUCACUCUAGACACUUCCAUGGAGCUGACGGCACUACCGACAGCACUUCUGCUCCACCGCGCGCGACGCUGGCUGUGACGGGUGCUAUUGCUGGCCAACCUGACCUAGCACGAUUUCAAGACGAAGAGAGCACAAACUUCCCGACGGGUAACCAGCUGCAACCUUGUGAAUUACCAAUAGAGCGCCAUACAAACAUUCCAUCUGUCACGGAUAACGCAAGCCUCCUGCAAUGUCCAUCCGCAAAGACGUCGCUUCAAGAAUUCAUGCGAUUACGCUCUAGGCAAGUCGUCGCACCGGACGUCGUUCAUCAUCUCCCUACUAUCCAAGUGGCGCGAGGCAGCGGCCCGGACACUAUUCCUAUUACGGUACCCCCCGAACUCGUGGACGGCCAUGCGCUCAUUUUGCCAGAUACACAUUUUUUGCCGAGCACCCGGCACAGGUACCUCGUCUCUCUCGAAUUUAUCCAGAGGCGUGGACUGGUUCGGGCGCUAGCUUCGGCUGCGUGCGCGGUGCGGCUCACUGAACGCGAAAGCCUCGGCGGCGCGGACAUCGUUCUCGAUCCAGACGCCGCGGUUACCUUUUGCCCUCUCCGGACGAUGCCGAGUAAGUGCGAGGCUCUGACUUCGCUCGUGAACCGGCUCUCCUGGCGAUUCGCGCACCUACUCAUCGUUUUCGAGUCAUUUCCGCUCGACCAGCCUUCACACGGCCAUAUGGGUGGCCAAGAGCUUCUGUCAGUGGACCCGUUCUCGCCACCCGUCGCUAAAGCGGUGAAGAAGUUCAAGCGGGAUCUUGCUCUUGCGGAGGCGUGCUGCGACAAACGUGCAGACACGACUGUACAGCUCGCGUUUCCGCUGACGCUCGCAAAUGCAGCACGGACAGUAAGACUAUUCGGAGACCUGGCCGAGGGCAGAGACAUCACAGGCGGUGUUAUCUGGGGCGACCGUCAUUGGCUGGAACUAGAUGACGAGGAUCUGGACGAGCGUGACCUCGCUGCAAUAGAUGGCAUGAACGUUUUUGCUGCUGCGAUCAUCUUGAACAGCGUCACGCUCGAUGACUUCCUCGAGAAGAUGCCAGACGAAAGGCUGCAGUUGUUCGGGGAACUCGUUGGAAGGCAUCGUAUCACAACAUUCAACACCAUCAUUGCUCGCCGCCGGCAGGCUGUGGAGCUCUCGUCGUCUUCGCCCCCCAUGACCAAUGAAUCUCCUUCACUUAUGGAAGCCACAGCUGCGGAAAUCCAUGCAUGA